UCCUUGUUGGAUGGUUUGGCUGACCUCCCUGAAUGGUAUGGGGUUAAGGGAAUGCAAGCAAACUGGAUAGGAGAUUGUACUGGAUGCUACUUCGAUUUUGAAUUGAAAGUCAACGGGAGGUUCGUUGGUGAGAAACUGCCUGCGUACUGCUUCACCCCAGAGGCCAUUUACGGUGCGUCCCAUCUUACCAUCCUGCCUAGUCACAGGCUGCUGCACGGCAACAGUCACUUGAAGGACUUUCUUCAGAAGUAUUUGGUGUCUGAUACAGAUUGCCUAAUGCCAGUGACAGCUGUGAACUUAUUAAAUGAUCAGGAGAUUCCUGUGGUCAUUUCAGCCAAGAAAGAGUUUGAUGGUUACUUAGAUACAGUCAUAGGUAUUCCCAGUGCAAGUCCAGAUGACGCAGCCGUUGCUAACAAGCUGGGUCUCGAGGGUUUGGAGGUUUUUCACGUCCUGCCUGAUGGUUCCGAGAGACUGCAGAAUUCUGGGGAGUUCACGGGUCUUGAUCGACAGUCUGCAACUCAGGCUAUCUUGGAGCGGGCAAGGAGAAAUGCAAUCGGUGGCCAUCUCACAAGCUGUAAAAUACGUGACUGGUUGAUUUCUCGACAGAGAUACUGGGGCACCCCUAUCCCCAUCAUCCACUGCCAGGCGUGUGGUGAUGUACCAGUGCCUUACCAAGACCUGCCUGUGCUCUUACCCAAGGUGCAGGCCUUUGUGGCAAAGGGAGUUUCUCCACUGACUACGGUGUCUGAGUGGUUCAACUGUACGUGUCCUAAAUGCAAAGGCCCUGCUCAAAGAGAGACAGACACCAUGGACACGUUUGUGGAUUCAGCCUGGUAUUACUACAGAUACACUGACCCGCAUAAUACGCAGGAACCCUUUGACAAGGCACUGGCUGACCACUGGAUGCCUGUGGAUCUCUACGUCGGAGGGAAAGAGCACGCUGUCAUGCAUCUGUAUUACGCAAGAUUUAUUAGUCACUUCUGUAAUGAUCAGAACAUGGUCAAAUACAGGGAACCUUUCCGUAAACUUCUGGUGCACGGCCUCAUCAAGGGGCAGACGUUUCGACUUCCAUCAACUGGCCAAUAUGUGAAGAAAGAAGACGUAUGUUUCAGUGGGCUUGAUCCUGUCCAUGCAACUACCUCCGAGAAACUCCAGGUCACCUGGGAAAAGAUGAGCAAAUCUAAGCACAAUGGUCUUGACCCAGAAGAGGUAGCACAGCAGUAUGGGAUUGAUACUGCUCGCCUCUAUGUUCUAUACGCUGCUCCUCCUGAACAGGACAUUUUGUGGGACGUUAAAACGGAUGCCAUUGCUGGUGUAUUGAGGUGGCAGGGCCGAGUGUGGUCACUGGUCACCAAGUUGAUCGAUGCUCGGCUCACAGGGACAGUGCCCUGUCCUGACCUUCUCAACAAGAAGGAAAAAGCAGAAGCAAAAAAAAUCUGGCAGAGCAAAAACUACGCUGUGUCUGAGGUAACCACCUACAUGAGUGAGGAUUUCCUGUUGAAUGCUGUAAUCUCCCGGUUAAUGGGCCUCACAAACAUACUCUCACACGCCUCUCCUAAAGUGAUCCUGCACAGCACUGAAUACGAAGAUGCUCUGGCCACUUUGUGCAUUAUGACGGCUCCAAUGGCUCCCUUUCUGGCAUCAGAGUUGUGGAAAGGUCUGUCCAGCGUCCCGAACAAACUUGGUGUUGGCUAUCAGUGGGACACAGACGUGUUGUUUCAGCAUUGGCCAAAUGUGGACAGAGAGUACCUGCAGCAGCCAGACACUGUGGAAAUGACGAUCAGGAUCAACAACAAGGUCUGCGGCUCGGUCAGCAUGCCCCAGCAGGUGGCCGUGGAUGCCGAGCAAGUGCGAGAGCUGGUGCUGCAGAGUGAGCUGGGCAUCAGGCAGCUACAGGGCCGCGCCAUCAAGAAAGUCUUCUUAUCUCCCAGGACAGCACUCAUCAAUUUUCUAGUAGAUGAACAAUAAAGAAAAUUUGGAUAAACACUGGCUGAACAGCUGAAAAUAUUACACACUUGAACCCUUGCUGCACAGUAAAAUGAUGUGGGAAUCAUCCAGGGAAUCUUAUUUGGCUGCCUGCUGCAUCAAAUUGUUUUCUGUAACAAAAUCAUGAGAACUGGAAUACUUCCACUUUGUGAUUGAAGGUUAUAGAAAACUGAGAUACAAGUCCAAGCUUGGACUGUAACUGCCAAUGUGAUCAUGACUUCCAAGGCUAGUCCCAUAUCAUCCCAAUAAUAUCUUCUUCUCACUUGGCACGAGAUUAAGAGCUGGAUUGGGCAAGAGGCAUCCGCCCAGGCAGGACAACAGAAACGUGAACCUUCUGCCAGACUGUUGCGAAGAGGCAUUGACAAUGAUACUUAUUUCCUCAGAGACUGGAGUAGGGAUGUGGGUGAGGAAACAGUAUGCAAAGGAAGAAAAUAAAUAAAAUGUGUUUCAAUCACAGAUCGCAGAUUGCUGUGUGGAAUUAAAUUGUGUAUUUUUAGGCCUGCGGCCACCUAAUGUUUUAUAUAUUAAUUUAAUAAAAUGUUACAAACAUGUCAAA